AUGGCGAACAUCAAUACCAACCCAAGUCGCUCACGAGCAGAGUUGACUCCGAGUCUUCAAGAACUACUCAACAUAACAGCGCGCUAUGAAGCCGAAAGAAAAAAACGCCUCCGCAAGGACGGCAACGCUCAAUACAUCGAGCCCUCCAAUCUCAGUUCAACCCCAUCGCCAAUUUCCUCCAAUCCAUACUCUCAAUUCUCUAAGGAUCCCUGGGUAGAUCUCGGUAACACAGGGUCCCUAGAGACCAAAUUCCCCUCAAAGCGUACCUCGGUUCUCAUAAUCGGCGCAGGAUGGGGCGGACUCCAAAACGCGAUCCGAAUCAUUACAAUCAGCAAAAUUCCAGCGGCCAAGAUUCGCAUAAUCGACGCAGCUGGUUCCUUCGGUGGGACAUGGUACUGGAAUCGGUAUCCAGGACUGAUGUGUGAUAUCGAGAGUCACAUGUAUCUACCCUACCUCGAAGAAACAGGAUAUAUCCCACGCCACAAAUACGCAUACGGAUCUGAGAUUCGUUCGUACGCAGAGACCGUUGCGCAGAAAUGGGGAUUAACAUCAAGUGCUGUGUUCCAGACUACUGCAACGAAGAUAGUCUGGGAUGAGGAUGAGAAGGAAUGGGCUGUUGACCUUGUUCAACGCGGAACAGAGAUGCAGAUUCGAGCUAGCUUCGUGGUUCUCGCGUCCGGUGUACUUCAUUCGCCUAAGUUGCCUCUUAUUCCGGGGUUGCUGGAAUUCAAGGGAAAGAUGUUUCAUUCAUCGAGGUGGGAUUAUGAAAUUACUGGUGGAUCGGAGAAGGAUCUAUCACUUCAUAAGUUGAAAGGGAAGAGAGUUGCAAUUAUCGGGACUGGUGCUACAGCCGUGCAGAUUGUACCUAUUCUUGCGAAGUGGUGCAAACAUUUAUAUGUUGUCCAGCGGACACCAUCUGCGGUUGAUACUCGGGAUCAACGAAAGACUGAUAUCGAGUGGUUCCAUCAACAUGUUGCGAGUGGUCCUGGAUGGCAGCGAGCGAGGAUCAAGAACUUCCAUCGUCAUCUUGUGCUUGACGAGACCGAGAAACCGGCUAUUAACCUGGUCAAUGAUGGAUGGACUCGCGCACCUGGUUUACUUGGUUUGACGGGUCAUCCAAAUGGACCAAUGACACCAGAUGAAAUUCCAGCAUACAGAGCACGGUUAAUCGAACUGGAUACACCACGCCAGAAUCGUAUCCGAGCUCGUGUGGAUCAGCAAGUGCACGAUCCCAUCAUCGCCGAGAAACUCAAACCCUGGUAUCCAACCUGGUGCAAACGACCUGCAUUUCACGACGACUAUUUGCAGGCAUUCAAUCGGACCAACGUGACACUGAUCGAUACCGACGGCAAAGGAGUCGACGAGAUCAAGCCCGAAGGACUGAUAAUAGGAGAUCGGAAAUAUAACGUGGAUGUGAUCAUUUUCGCAACAGGAUACCAAGCUCCACCCUCUGGAUCGCCAGCCGAAAAAGCCAACAUGACUAUGAUCGGCGUGAACGGGGUAUCCUUGAGUGAGGAAUGGGCUGUGAAAGGUCCAGCAACACUACACGGGGUCCUUGAUGCUAAGUUCCCAAAUUUGUUUCUAUCCGGGCCACAACAAGCAUCCACUAGUGGGAACUACCGGUUCAACCUGGACGAACUCGCCAAGCACACUGCAUAUAUUUUGGCUGAAUGUAAUCGCCGGGCUAAGGGUGCUAAGUUUGCUGUUGCGCCGUCUGUGGAGGCGACGGAGGAGUGGGCGAUGCAGGUUAUAAUGCGUUCAGCACCUUUUGGUGUAAUGGCUGGGUGUACGCCGGGGUACCUUAACCUAGAGGGGGAUAUCGAGAAGGUGCCACCCGAGAAGAGGAUGAUUUUGGCACGGUCUAGUGUUUGGGGGUGGGGGAUUGAGAAUUGGAUAGAUGUUAUUGAGAAGUGGAGGGAUGAGGGAAGCAUGAAGGGGAUUGUGGUGCGUUGA